CGAAGGAAACAGAGUUAUUACUAAAACCGGAGCUUAGGAGCAGCGGAGAAGAAGGGAUUUGAUUAAACAGAGCAGAACAAUGGAGGUCAGAGCUUCGCCCUCCUCCGCCUCUGCUUCCAAUGGGGUGAUCCAGCACAAGGUGUACGCUCGCGUCGGGCUGCUGGGUAACCCGAGCGACGUCUACUACGGCCGCACCAUCGCCCUCAGCCUCGGCAACUUCUGGGCCACCGUCCAGCUCCAGCCCUCGGAUGAGCUCGUCAUCAAGCCCCACCCCACCCACGAUUUCGUCCACUUCAAGUCCCUCGAUCACCUGGUGAAUCGGCUGCAAAGUGAAGGUUACUAUGGCGGAGUGCGAUUGCUCAUGGCGGUUUGUAAAGUUUUUCGCAAUUACUGCAAGGGUAACAACAUUAAUCUCCAUGGAAGAUGCUUCACUCUAUCCUAUGACACCAACAUACCUCGGCAGACUGGGCUUUCGGGUUCGAGUGCGAUUGUCUGUGCAGCCUUGAAUUGCCUUCUCGACUUCUACAAAGUUAGGCAUUUUGUUAAGGUGGAAGUUAGACCUAAUCUCGUGCUUAACGCGGAGGAAGAACUAGGGAUUGUUGCUGGCCUCCAAGAUCGGGUCGCCCAGGUCUAUGGUGGCCUUGUAUACAUGGAUUUCGGCAAGGAUCACAUGGAUAAGUUGGGGCACGGAAUCUACACACCAAUGGAUGUGCAUCUCCUCCCUCCCCUACAUCUCAUUUAUGCUGAGAAUCCAAGCGAUUCUGGGAAGGUGCACAGUACAGUUCGACAGAGGUGGCUCAGUGGCGAUAAGUUUAUAAUCUCAUCAAUGAAGGAAGUUGCAGAUGUAGCUUUGGAAGGGAGGAAAGCAUUGCUAGAGAAUGAUUACAAGAAACUUGCAGAACUCAUGAAUCGGAAUUUUGACCUCCGAAGGAAAAUGUUUGGGGAUGAAUGCCUUGGACCUCUGAACAUAGAGAUGGUGGAGGUAGCACGAAGGGUAGGAGCUGCAUCGAAGUUCACAGGCAGCGGAGGAGCUGUGGUUGCUUUCUGCCCUGAUGGUGCCCCACAGGUCAAACUUCUUGAGGAGGCGUGCCAGAAGGCUGGGUUCAUCUUUCAACCGAUACAAGUGGUCCCAUCACGCCUGAGUGAGACUGAGCUUAAGAGUCUAUCGUAUUAGAAACUCGCCCUAUGAGACCUAAAUGAGCGUCGAAAAAUUGGGAACUUUUGUUUUUUCUCUCUUUUCUUCUGUCAUUGCUACCUCUGCAUAGACAAUUUUGUGGACUCACAUCUAGUUCAGCUUCUGUCCAAUUUUCGGAUCUUAUCGCUACAAAUUAAUUAGAUGGCAGCCCGAUAAUUAAUUUGGAUUACGCUUAGCCUGAGAGAAUUUGUUCGGGCCAAUGCUGUAAAAACUUAAUAAAGUUCAAAAUUCAUGCAUGAGUUGUUCA